AAUUGAAGAUCGGCGUGGUGGAGAGUGCGGGAAAUUCCGCUUAUAAAUUCAUCUGAACUCUCCCGCACGCAAAGCCUGUUAAGAAAGGUACAAAUAGGAAAUUGGAAAUCGAGAAGAGCUACAUUGGUUUCGCCUUUUACUUCUCUCUCAAGACUUGCUUUUGCGAUUUCAUCGAGAAAACGCUGCAAAUAUGUCCGAGCCGCCUUCUUCUUCUUCUUCUCCAGCCGCUGCGGGAAAAUCGGAGGUUGACAUGGAAGAAAUGAUGGAUCGUAUGCUGACACGAUUGGCUCUCUGCGACGACUCCAAACUGGAAAACUUACUCUCCAAGCUAAUCCCUUUCUCUAUAUCUUCCCUUUCUUCUCCUUCUGACGCCGUCCGGAAGAAAGUGAUGGAGAUCCUAAGUCAUGUGAACAAGAGAGUGAAGCACCAACCUGAAAUUUGUUUACCUGUGUUAGAACUGUGGGAGUUGUAUAUGCUACCUGAUUCGACUCCAAUGGUGAAAAACUUUUGCAUAGUGUAUAUUGAGAUGUCAUUUGACCGUCAACAUCCAGAGAAAAAGGAACAUAUGGCACCUACUCUUAUUUCUAACAUUUCAAAGCUUCCUCCUCAACAUCAAGGGAUCAUCUUGAGACUUGCUAUUAAGGUUAUUGGUGAUUGUCAUUCAGUCAAACUAAGUGAUGAAGUUGGUGAAAAAUAUAAGGCCAUUGGUAGUUCAUCAGACUCGGAGAUAUUUCUUGAGUUUUGCCUGCAUACUAUGCUGUAUCAGACGCCACCCCAAGGAGCUUGCCCAGCUGGACUUUCAAUUACUCAAAGCGAUCUUAUCACGGGUAAACAGCCAUUGAAAAGUGACGUGCUGUUAAUUAGAAAGCUGGGAAUCCUGAAUGUAAUUGAAGCUAUGACAUUUGCUCCUGAAGCGGUCUAUCCACUUUUUUUUGCAGCUUGUGUAGACAGUCAAGAGCCUGUUGUCAAGAGAGGGGAGGUGCUUCUAAAGAAAAAAACUUCAGGUGUUGAUUUAGAUGAUGUCAAACUCAUAAGCAAGCUGUUUUUGCUUUUUAAUGGUAAUGUUGAAGCUCAGCGCAUUGCUCCAGAAUGUAGGGUGACCCCUGGUAAUCCUACUUUGAGAGUGAGAUUGAUGUCAGUUUUCUGUCGGUCAAUUACAGCCGCAAAUAGCUUCCCGUCAACCUUGCAAUGCAUAUUUGGCUGCAUAUAUGGAAAUGGAACCACCAUGAGACUGAAGCAAUUGGGAAUGGAGUUCACUGUUUGGGUAUUCAAGCAUGCAAGUACCGAUCAAUUGAAGGUUAUGGGUCCAAUCAUACUGAACGGAAUUUGGAAGUCUCUAGAGGGUAAUUCGGCUUCUGAAUCAGAUGCUAUGUCAAGGGACAUCAAAAGCUUUGCCUAUCAAGCAAUUGGGUUACUUUCACAGCGAAUGCCUCAACUCUUCAGAGAUAAGGUUGACAUGGCUGUAAAGCUUUUUGAUGCACUACAUUCCGAGCCUCAGUUUCUUCGUCCUGUUAUCCAAGAGGCAACUGUUUCUCUUGCAGCCGCAUAUAAGGGUGCCCCUGCGACUGUCUUAACAGAUUUGGAGGCACUUCUUCUGAGAAGCUCUCAAGCGGAAGAAAGUGAAAUCCGCUUCUGUGCUGUUAGGUGGGCCACUGGUUUAUUUGACUUCCAGCAUUGCCCUAGCAGAUUUAUUUGUAUGCUUGGUGCUGCAGAGUCAAAGUUGGAUAUUAGGGAAAUGGCACUUGAAGGCUUAUUUCCUGGUCAAAAUCAGGAUCGAGCUGUUGGAAAUCAGGUUGACAUUAAGUACCCAAAAGUUGGCGACAUGCUAGAAUUCCUUUCUAAACAACAACCAGCAUUGUUAGAAUCCUCUGAGACAGGUGCACCGAGACUUCUCUUCCCUUCAAAAAUGUACACAGCUAUGGUCAGCUUUUUGGUAAAGUGCUUCGAGGAAGAUGUUCAAAAGCAUUUGUUGGAGGAUAAGUUAGCAGAACUCUGGCCUUCAACUGAGAAACUGUGUUUGAUUGUUGAGAAUGCGAUGGGAUAUGAAGGUUCUGUUGAGUUGCAUUCAAAUGCUGCCAAGGCACUGAUUUCUGUUGGAUCCUACUUUCCAGAGAAGAUAGCACAACGCUACAGCUUGAAACUUUCAUGGUUAAAACAAUUACUGGGUCACUUGGAUCUUGAAACUCGUGAAGCAGUAGCACGUUUAGUUGGAAUUGCAUCCCAUGCACUUCCAGUUGACUCCUUGUCCGAUCUUAUGUCUGAACUAAUUUCUUCUGUUGAUAGCACACACAAUUUGAGGUUUGAGUUACGUCAUGGAGUAAUAUGUUCUCUGGGAUACGUUACUGCUGCUUGCAUGACGAGGACAACUACUCAGAUACCGGAAUCAGUUCUUCAGAAGACACUUAAAUUCUUAGUGGACAUUGUUAACACUGAGACUGCUACAUUGGCUUCUAUUGCUAUGGAAGCACUUGGUCACAUUGGACUACGUGCUGCACUACCUUCUUUACAUGACUAUAAUUCAGAGGCUGUCUUAGUGCUUGUGCAUGACAAGUUGAAGAAGUUACUGUCAGGUGAUGACAUGAAAGCAAUCCAGAAAGUCGUUAUCUCUUUGGGUCACAUGUUUGUUAAAGAUCCGUCAUCAUCCCAUCUUACUAUAGUUCUUGAUUUGGUUUUCAGUCUUUGCCGGUCAAAGGUUGAGGAUGUUCUAUUUGCUGGAGGGGAGGCACUUUCAUUUUUAUGGGGUGGUGUCUCUGUGACUGCUGAUGUGAUUCUCAAAACUAAUUAUGUUUCACUUUCCAUGAGUUCAAACUUUCUGAUGGAUGAUGUGCCAAUGUCAAUCUCAACAAAUAGCUCUGCUGAUCCUGAAGCUGAAGACAAUUCUCAUUCUGCGGUUAGAACUGCCGUUACUCAAAAGCUUUUUAAUGAACUUUUGUACAGCACCAAGAAAGAGGAACGUUGCUCUGGAACUGUCUGGCUGCUAUCUCUCACAAUGUACUGUGGUCACCAUCCAAGCAUACAACAAUUGCUUCCCCAGAUUCAGGAGGCUUUUACUCAUUUAUUAGGUGAACAACAUGAACUUACACAGGAACUGGCAUCUCAAGGUCUUAGUAUUGUGUAUGAUCUGGGUGAUGGAUCAACGAAGCAGAAUCUGGUAAAUGCACUAGUUGGUACACUAACUGGGUCAGGGAAAAGGAAAAGAGCAAUCAAGCUGGUAGAAGAUUCAGAGGUGUUUGCUGAAGGCACUUUAGGUGAAAGUAAGAGUGGGGGGAAACUUGGUACUUACAAAGAGCUAUGCAAUCUGGCAAAUGAGAUGGGCCAACCAGAUCUAAUAUACAAGUUUAUGGAUUUGGCUAACUAUCAGUCCUCUCAGAAUUCCAAGCGAGCUGCUGCUUUUGGGUUUUCUAAGAUAGCCAAGCAAGCCGGAGAUGCUUUGCAGCCACAUUUACGCUUAUUGAUACCAAGACUUGUUCGUUACCAGUAUGACCCUGAUAAAAACGUCCAGGAUGCCAUGUCCCACAUUUGGAAAUCACUGGUCGCUGAUUCUAAGAAAACUAUUGAUGAACAUUUGGACCUAAUCAUAGAUGAUUUACUACUGCAAUGUGGAUCCAGGCUUUGGCGCUCACGUGAGGCUUCCUGUCUUGCUCUUGCCGAUAUUAUCCAAGGAAGAAGAUUUGACCAGGUCGGAAAGUAUUUGAAAAGAAUAUGGGUAGCUGCUUUCCGUGCCAUGGAUGACAUAAAGGAGACUGUUAGAAAUUCUGGUGACAGGUUAUGUCGUACUGUUGCUUCAUUGACAACAAGAUUAUGUGAUGUCUCACUCACCCAGAUCGGAGAUGCAAGGCAUGCAAUGGAAAUUGUUUUACCAAUGUUGCUGUCAGAAGGCAUAAUGAGCAAAGUUGACAGUAUACGCAGUGCUUCAAUUAAACUGGUUACAAAACUUGCCAAGGGUGCAGGAGUUGCACUUCGUCCACAUUUGUCAGAUCUAGUUUGUUGCAUGCUGGAAAGUCUAUCAAGUCUUGAAGACCAGGGGCUCAAUUAUGUUGAGCUACAUGCUGCAACUGUUGGAAUACAGACAGAGAAACUUGAGAAUUUGCGAAUAUCCAUCGCCAAAGGCUCUCCAAUGUGGGAAACCCUUGACAAUUGCAUAGAUGUUGUGGAUACCACCUCAUUAGAGCUUUUGGUUCCCCGUCUGGCUAAGUUGGUUCAGUCUGGGGUUGGUCUCAAUACCAGGGUUGGUACAGCAAAUUUCAUUGGCUUGUUAGUUCAGAAAGUUGGUGUCGAUAUCAAACCAUUUACAGGCAUGCUACUGAAGCUCUUGUUUCCUGCUGUCAAGGAGGAGAGAAGUGCAUCAUCCAAGCGUGCUUUCGCAAAUGCUUGUGGACUAGUCCUAAAGCAAGCAUCUCCAUCUCAGGCCCAAAAACUAAUUGAAGACACUGCAGCCUUACAUGCAGGCGACGGAAAUACACAGGCAUCAUGUGCAAUAUUAUUAAAGAGUUAUGCCUCCAUGGCCGCAGACAUAAUCAGUGGAUAUCACACUAUUAUUGUCCCGAUAAUUUAUAUUUCCAGGUUUGAUGAUGAAAAGCAUGUGAAGACGUUAUUUGAGGAAUUAUGGGAUGAAACUACGGGCACGGAGCGUGUUACCCUUCAGUUGUAUCUAGGGGAAAUUGUCUCUCUUAUUUGUGAGGGAUUAAUGUCAUCAUCAUGGGGAGGCAAGAAAAAGUCGGCGUUGGCAAUCUCUAAACUCAGUGAGGUCUUGGGUGAAUCGUUGUCUUCAUACCACGAUGUUCUUCUAAAAUGUCUUAUGAAGGAAAUACCGGGUCGCUUAUGGGAGGGAAAGGAGGCCCUAUUAGAUGCAUUAGCUUCUCUAUGUUCCUCCUGUCAUGAAGCAAUAACCACCAAUGACUCAACCUUGCCAAGUACAAUUCUGAAUCUGGUUAUUUCUGCCUGCACAAAAAAAGUCCAAAAAUAUCGUGAAGCAGCAUUUUCAUCUAUGGAGCAGAUUAUAAAAGCCUUCAACAAUCCAGACUUCUUUAACACAGCAUUUCCAGUAUUAUAUGGGAUGUGCACUUCAAACAUUACACUGAAGUCUGGCCGAAAACCGUUGGCAAGUGACACAGCUAAAGAAGAUGAGACAGAAGAUAAUUCUGCUCCACAAGGAAAGCUUGUAGACUGCAUUUCAGCUUGCAUCCAUGUGGGACUCGUGGAUGAUAUUCUUGUGCAUAAUCAGAAUCUCUUGAAUGUGAUAUUGAAUUCGCUUUCACUCGGUUUUCCUUGGACAGUUAAGAUGUCGGUAUUUUCACUGAUAAGAGAAAUUUGCUCGAAGCUUCAUAAGGUUGCUGGUGAACCUGAAGAAGGAAUCCACCAACCUGCCAGUGCGCCCUCUCUAGUAAACGAGUUGUUUCAUUCAGCUUCAGUUAAGGUGAUAGAGUGCAUUUGCACAGUGAAGAUAGCUCAGGUUCACAUUGCUGCAUCUGAGUGUCUUAUGAUAAUGGCUGAAUUGUACAAAGCCUAUCCUGGUGUACAACAACUUUCUGAAGAGUUAGUAGGUUUGAAGGGUGAACUUUAUCGUGUUAUGGAAGCAGAGAAGAAUGAGCAAGCUAAAACAUUUCUAAGGAAAUCCAUUAACAUCCUCGAAGGCUGAAUCCGCAAAAAAUAUGCAUUCCAACUAUCCUCCCAUUGAUUUUUUUUAUUAUUAUAAAAUGUCAAAGAUAAGACAGAAUACAAGUCCAAAAUGGGUAAGGGAACACAGGUUUUAGUUUUUCUUUUAUAUCCAAUCCUUUUAAAUAAUGCAUAAACUAGAACUAAUGACUUCUCUAGAUGUGUACAUCCCUCAGACUUAUCAGAAUGUUAUAAUCUUUACUUCAAAAAG